GAGAGCAAUUGAAUCCCUGCCUCCUUUAUCAUUUCACAAUACAAUCAAAUCAAGCCACCUCAUUUGAAUUCCAAGCCAAUGUCACCACAUGAGCGCUAGAGGGUAGCAGAUGCGUUGUCUAGUAUGUUUCGACAGCGUUUGUCUGCUACUGCUUGCCGUAGUUGCCGGGUAUUGGAGGUCAGCUGGAGGAGGUGUGCGUCUGAAAUAUUUCGUGCAAAAUGUCAUGAAAGUACAGAAAAUAAAGGAAUAUAGCGUUUUAAACAAUUAUGUCAUUUACAAGAAUGUGUACCGCUGUUGAGCGUGGAACUUCAAUUGUACAAGAAGCGAGAGAAAAGAUAACAAAUUAACGGAGAAAUUCCUCCGUCCGUUUUGUCCUACAAAGAAAGAGGCGCCGACCACAGUUUGACAGCGCAGUCUAAACUGCGCAGGCCUGGCAUUAGAUAAACUGCUGUAGGGCGGCAUCAAAGAAUAUAUGAUAUUUAUGAAAGAACAAAGACCAUUGAUUUGUGAAUAAAAAACAAUUGCAAAUAUGAGGAAGGACGUGAGGAUAUUACUCGUUGGGGAACCCAAAGUGGGGAAGACGUCUCUGAUCAUGUCAUUGGUCAGCGAGGAGUUCCCUGACGACGUGCCCCUUCGAGCGGAGGAGAUCACCAUCCCAGCAGACGUAACUCCAGAGAGAGUCCCCACACACAUAGUGGACUACUCAGAAGCAGAACAGUCAGACGAGCAGUUGUAUCAAGAAAUAUCAAAGGCAAAUGUUAUUUGCAUAGUUUACUCAGUCAACAAUAAGAAGUCCAUUGAGAAGGUGACAAGCCAUUGGAUUCCCCUCAUAAACGACAGGACGGACAAGGAUAGCAGGGUACCACUGAUCCUGGUGGGGAAUAAGUCAGACCUGGUAGAACACAGCAGUAUGGAGACCAUCCUGCCCAUCAUGAACCAGUACUCUGACAUUGAGACCUGCGUGGAGUGCUCUGCCAAAAACCUGAAGAACAUCUCAGAGUUGUUCUACUAUGCCCAGAAGGCAGUGCUCCACCCUACAGGACCCCUGUACUGCCCAGAGGAGAAGGAGAUGAAGCCAUCUUGCAUCAAGUCUCUAACUCGCAUCUUCAAAGUGUCGGAUCUGGACAACGAUGGCAUCCUCAACGACAAAGAACUCAACUUCUUCCAGAGGACGUGUUUCAACAUGCCCCUGGCGCCUCAGGCCUUAGAGGAUGUCAAGAACGUGGUGAGGAAGAACAUGACGGACGGAGUUGAGGACAACGGACUCACGCUCAAAGGGUUCUUGUUUCUGCACACGCUUUUCAUCCAGAGGGGGCGUCACGAGACCACCUGGACGGUGCUGCGGAGGUUUGGGUACGACGACGACUUGGAGCUUCACCAGGAAUACCUGUUCCCCCUGCUAAAAAUACCUGCUGACUGCACCACCGAGCUCAACCACAACGCGUACCUCUUCCUCCAGAGUGUCUUCGACAAGCACGACAAAGACAGAGACUGUGCCUUGUCUCCAGAGGAAGUCAAGGACCUGUUCAAAGUGUUUCCCUACAUGCCCUGGGGCCCCGACGUCAACAACACAGUGUGUACCAACGACCAGGGCUGGAUCACCUACCAGGGUUACCUGUCACAGUGGACGUUAACGACGUACCUGGAUGUGCAGCGCUGCUUGGAGUACCUGGGCUACCUUGGCUACUCAAUCAUCUGUGAGCAGGAGUCCCAGGCAGCAGCCAUCACAGUGACCCGUAACAAGCGCAUCGACCUGCAGAAGAAGCAGACGCAGCGCAGCGUGUUCCGCUGUAACAUUCUGGGAGCCAGGGGGAGUGGCAAGACCAGCUUCCUGCAGGCCUUUCUGGGUCGCAACCUGCUGAAACAGCGGAAGAUCAGAGAAGACCAUAAAUCGUUUUACUCCAUCAACACCACGUAUGUCUACGGCCAGGAGAAGUACUUACUGCUUCAUGAGGUGAUGCCAGACUUUGACUUCCUCUCAGAGGAGGACCUGGCGUGUGACGUGGUCUGUCUGGUGUAUGACGUCAACAACCCGCGCUCCUUUGAGUACUGUGCCAAGGUCUACAAGCAAUACUUCAUGGACAGCAAGACGCCGUGCAUGAUGAUCGCCUCCAAGUCAGACCUGCACGAGGCGCGCCAGCACUACAGCCUGACCCCGCUGGACUUCUGCCGCAAGAACAAGCUGCACCCGCCCCAACCCUGGACCUGCAACACGGUGGACGCCCCCAACAAGGACCUCUACACCAAACUCACCACCAUGGCCAUGUACCCCCACGCCAAGCUCCGCUGCAUGUGUACCUGCAACAGGUGUACCUUCUGCAUCUGUCAGAACAUCCUCCGGUCCCAGCUACUGACAAAUAUAAAGGCCAAAUUCUACAGUGUUGUUCUGAACAGGUUACAUGAUGUUGGAGCCUAUCUGUUGGCUGACGAGGAGUGCAGUCUGAUCCAGCAGGUUCACGCCAUCAGUAAUGUAGAGGAGUCUAUCUACAUGGAGUCUUCUGUCCAGCCCUAUGGGCCCCAGGCCAGGCACAUGGCUCAGGCAGACCUGAAGAGCUCUACGUUUUGGCUAAGGGCAAGCGUGGGGGCAACCGUGUUUGCAGUCCUGGGCUUCGCUAUGUACAGAGCUAUCCUCAAACAACGAUGAUCAAGACAGACACAGGAUGCAUGAGAUGACCCUUGACCCGCCCCCCCACCGCCUAGUCUCUGCCCUUUGACCCCUCAUCAUCCCCUCCCUGAAAGAAAACAUGACCUCCAACAUCCCACAAUCCUCUGCUCCCCUUCCCUAAAAAAGAGACAACUACUGAAUGAAACGGAACUUCCAGCCCAUCUGAACCAGGCCUGAUCCCACAUCCACCCGACCAGAGAAGGAACAAACCGGAGAAACCAUAGAUUGAUUUUAUAUAUUUGAAACAGAGAAAAAAACUUGUCAUCUUUUGCAAACAGUUUUUUGUUUUCCUUUGGGGGAAAAAUGUCACCACAAACUCACAUUGUUUUUUGAAUACCAUCUAAUCAAUCUACUGCAGGCAUUCUGGUAUCGUGUGAUCUGGUCGAGUCUUGGGUUUUUUUCUUCUCCAGGUCAGACAGUAGUAGUUUCUGGUUGUUUUUAAAUCUGUGUAGAACCCGGCCUUUUUUCUCAGGUCAGUAUUAUAGCUAGCUGGUUUGACCCCCAGAGCCCAGGAGAAAGCAAAGAAGGCAGCCGCAUACAACUCACUACAAAAGGGACUGAAAAUAUUUGUUUAUAGAUGUGUGUGUGUGUAUAUAUAAAUAUAUAUAUUUGCUCGGGUACUUAGAGAAAUACCCAACCAGAUUACGGCGUGAACAAAGCUUGCCAGGAUCAAAGCAUUCAGUUCUGUAACACCUCAACAGUGAGCCUACAGGAAGAGCUGCAAAGUCAAAGCCAUUUUUAACGUUGAAAAGGUCAUGGGUUUCGUGCACGCGUUUCAAUUGCUAUUAAUUUAUUAACCUGUUUUCUUUGGUUUAUCAGUUUGGAAUGGUUUGUUCAGCAUUGCAUGAAACAGACGCACUUCAAGAGGAUAAUGCAUUCAUUUCCCAUGUGUUUUUGUAUAUCUAGUAUUAUCAAAGCCAUUAUUAAUAAUGACAUCCAUCAUUCACUAACUCUGAAAGACAAAAGACUACAACAUUAUCAUGACUGCUUCUUCCUCGACUUGUUUUAUUUUCCUGUUUUUAAAAUAGCUUUUUUCCUUUCAUAUUAUGAUUCUAUUUGUCUGUUCCACUGUUAUGCCUCCAGAUUCCACUAUGUUAUUAACAGCCAUGCAGUGCACCUCUGACUCCUCCUUGGACCAUGGACGGAACUGGUUAUUCUCAUUGACUUUUCCAACAUUUACAAUAAAGAACUGUGUGAUCUGA